AUGAAUAAUUCGGAUGAUGAACAAAAAAUGGCCAUUAUCCGUAAAGCAUUUCAAAUGUUCGACACUGGCAAAACUGGCUUUAUUGAAACCGUUAAAAUUGCCACUAUUUUAAAUACAAUGGGCCAAUUAUUCGACGAAGGCGAACUGAAUAAUUUGAUUAGGAAAAACGAUCCUGAGCAUUCGGGAAAGGUGAAUUUCGACAGGUUUUGUGACAUCGCUAUACAUUUUCUGGAAGAGGACGAUGCCGAGUCUACGCAACAGGAAUUGAAGGAAGCUUUCAGAUUGUAUGACAAAGAAGGAAACGGUUAUAUAACAACAGGUACUCUAAAAGAGAUCCUUAGGGCUCUAGAUGAUAAGUUAACUGGAAGAGAAUUAGAUGGGAUUAUUGCUGAAAUUGAUACUGAUGGAUCUGGAACAGUGGACUUUGAUGGUAAAUGUCUUUAG